GGAAUUUCAUUACUGGUUUGGGAAUAGCGUUGCUUUGACACUGGCUCUCACAUGCUUUUAGAAAGCCCUCCGAUGGAAGCCCUAACUAACCAUACUCGUAUCAGAGAAUCUUCUGUGGUCUAAUCUCGAAUAAGUAACUACAGUACAGUACAUUACUAAGUACCAUCCAUACGGGUAAUUAACUAUCAGCUUUCUCUUCUUGAACCUAUGCACUUGGACGAAAUUGUUGGAUGCUGCGAUUUCGACAACUAUUCAGAAUGACCGACGAGACUAUCGCAAAGAAAAUCAAGACCUCUUCUCCCUUGAUUGGGACUCAUAGCGGCCAUUUUCAUGCCGACGAGGCCCUCGCGGUCUAUCUUCUCCGACAGCUCCCCACCUAUUCUGCAUCUCCCCUCAUCCGUACCAGAGAUCCGGCGCAGCUAGCAAACUGCCACACCGUUGUCGACGUGGGUGGAGAAUAUGAUCCCGCGAACAACCGUUAUGAUCACCACCAGCGUAGCUUUUCCACGACCUUCCCUAGCCAUACUACCAAAUUGUCCUCGGCGGGCUUAGUAUACAUGCAUUUCGGCCGAGCUAUCAUUGCUGAACACACGUCAUUGCCGGUGGAUCACCACGACGUCAACUUACUGUACGAAAAACUGUACACAGAUUUCAUCGAAGCUAUUGAUGCCAACGACAAUGGCAUUUCAGUCUACGACCCCGCUGAAUUAUCCGCUGCUAAUCUCGAGAAGCGCUUCAGGGAUGGUGCCAUCACCAUCACAUCGGUGGUGGGCGACAUGAACAACCCUGAUCCGACCUGCCCGCCCGGGGAACCUCAGGAUGAGGACAGUCUCUUUGGUCGAGCAAGCACCUUUAUUGGAAACGUUUUCACUCGCAAACUACACCACGCCAGUACAUCUUGGUUACCUGCACGCACUACUGUGGGAAAUUCCUACCGUUCCCGCCGGGACGUUCAUCCUUCUGGCCGUAUUAUUGUUCUCCCUCAGGGCGGUGUGCCAUGGAAAGAGCACUUGUAUAACUUCGAAAGGGAAGCGUCGGAAUCCGAUAAGACCAAGUCCGAAGAGGAGGUCUAUUACGUUCUAUACCCUGAGAGUGCUACUGAAGGAUCUAAAUGGCGCGUGCAGUGCGUGUCAGUGAAUGAAACUAGCUUUGUGUCCAGGAAACCUCUGCCAGAGACCUGGCGUGGAGUUCGCGAUGCAGAUCUCGACGGCGUUAUGGCGGUAGAAGCUGAGAAAACCGGCAAGCCCAAGAUUCCCGAGGGUGCAGUUUUUGUCCAUGCCAGCGGUUUCAUCGGCGGCCACAAGACCAAAGAAGGAGCAUUUGCCAUGGCGGUCCGUGGCUUGGAGCAAUAAUUCCUCUGUUUUUUCACCUUCUCUGAGUGCUAACGGUAGUACGGGAGAUAACUUAUAGCACGCUUCAAUCCAUCAUUAUACUACGAUGCAGUUGACAGGCCAUAUGACGGGUGAUUUCUAAAAGUCUAUCACUUGGGUUAAGAAAUUAUAUAAUCUCAAUUAGACAGCCCGGAAAAAUGUGU